GACUUCCGGCAAAUAUGGCUUCACAUUCUUGAUUGUGGUGUUUAAGAAAAAACAAACACACACAUUCACUCAGGAGUGAAAUUAAUCGUGUUUUAACCAAACAGUUUACGUUGUUAUUUAGAUAAAGACAGUCUGCUGUGUUCUGGACCGGAUCUGACCGCUGCUGUCGUCAUGGAAACAGAGGAACAGGCCAGGAACCGUUUCCAGUCUGAACUGGAGUUCAUCCAGUGUCUGGCCAACCCAAACUACCUCAACUUUCUGGCUCAGAGAGGUUUCCUGAGAGAAAGACCGUUCAUCAACUACCUCAAGUACCUGCUGUACUGGAAGGAACCCGAGUACGCCAAGUUCCUCAAGUAUCCUCACUGCCUCCACAUGCUGGAGCUGCUGCAGUACGAACACUUCAGGAAGGAGCUGGUCAACGCGCAGUGCGCCAAGUUCAUCGACGAGCAGCAGCUGCUGCACUGGCAGCACUACUCCAGGAAACGCACCCGGCUGCAGCAGGCGCUGGCCGAGCAGCAGCAGCCGCAGCAGCAGCCGCCGCCGCACGGCAACGCCACCACCAAGUGACGAUGAUGUCACUGAACUGUGCAGAGAAACGUGUGGAUUAAAGCUGGACUGAUGCUGGAUUGAUGAGGCAGGUGUCGAAGUUUACGAGUUUAAAAAAGCACGUUCUCUGUAAGGAUCCUUCAAACGUGACCUGAGGGACGUUUUACAGAGAAGCAAUAAACCUGACAGAUCUCUGAUCAGCUGAUGAUGACAUCACAUCAGACGGGUUGUUUGAGUCUUCAGUGUUUGGAUCCUCAUGUAGCGGACUUCAUACGGACAAAAUAAACGACAAUGUUUUGAACUUCCCGUUGGAAAUUUCAUGGUUAAAAAAAAAAAAUCGACACUCAGUUGUUGAAUAUCUUCAGUUUUCCUCCUGAAACAGGAUGACAUCAUCAGGGGAAGGACACGACUAUUUCCUGGAACUCAAACAUUUCAGUCACAGAUUUGUACAUAAAAUUUAUCAUGGGAAGAAAAAUGAAAAUACAAACUCACUGGAAGGAAGGAAGUCGUGUCAGCGGCCCGUCAGCUGGGAAGAAGCGACUUGUGGUCGCUGUGACGUGAAAACAAACGUGAUUUAUUCUCACACGCAAAAGUCUCUUUAUUUAAGUCGAUAUAAACUCUGGACAGGAAAAUUAAAGAUGGCUCAGUGCUGACACUUCUCAUUAGAAGAUGCAUCAUUUUAAGUACCAGCGUCAUUUUUUCUUCCAGCUGGUUUGUCUCUAAAAGAUUUCCUUCCAUCCAGUGAGUUCUGAUUUUUAACUUCAUUUCUGAGACUAAUUCUCAGAGUGGAUCUGUGACUGAAAUGUUGACGCAGGGCCGAGAGCUGUGACGUUCAGUCCUGGAUUCAGAGGAAGAUGUCAGAUUUUACUGGUCAAUAAUCAAUAAUAAGUGAUUCUGAUUCAUCCUGAUUCAUGUUUAUUUACACAUCCCUGAUCAUUAUUAUGAUUAUCAAUACUUUGCCUUUCUUUUUAAUAAAAUAUUUGAAACUUGAA